AGCCUCCUGUUAGGCCCAUUUUUGCAUGCCUGGGCAUGCUUUGAAUGUCCGCCACUUUCAAUAAAGACGCGCAAUCCGUAAUCGAGGUUGUUCUCUUUGAAAAACGUUAGUCUGCACAAAAAUGGCACAGCAAAUGGAUAUCGAUUUUGACGUUACCCGAUUCUUGCAUGAGGAACGUCAAAAGGCACCUGCUCAUUUACAACAAUACUUUACUACUUUUGAAGAAUUACAUGAAAGAAAAUUAUGGCAUCAGCUGACGCAGAAAAUCUUGGAGUUUUUUAAACAAGAAGAAUCAGGACCAUUCCAGAUUCCCAUUUAUCAACACUUUGUUGCUGACUGGGAAAGCAAAAUCAACAGCUUAUCACUGGUAUCCAUUGCUCUCAAAGCCGCCACCCGAUUCCAAGAUCCCAACGAAUCAGUCAGUUUCCUUGAAAAACUCAUUGCCAAAGUGGACACUUCCGAGACAAAAGAUGUCUACGUGCACGCCAUUAUGGAAACGGCCCAUUUCAAAUUGCAAUUGAAUCAGUUGGGUGAAGUGAAAAAAGCGAUUGAGGAAUCCGAAAAGACCUUGGAUCGUUUCGACAGCGUGGAAACCGUCAUCUAUGCCAGCUUUUACCGAGUCAGCGCCGAGUACUAUAAAGUCAAAGCGGAAUAUGCCCAGUAUUACAAGAGCGCACUGUUAUAUUUGGCCUGCGUAAACGUCGACGAACUUUCAGACAGUGAAAAAGUGGGCAGAGCAUAUGAUUUGUCAUUGGCAGCGUUGUUGGGAGAAAUGAUUUAUAAUUUUGGUGAAUUGUUGAUGCACCCUAUCCUCGAUUCGCUCGCCAACACGGAGCACGAUUGGCUCCGUUCAUUACUGUUUGCAUUCAACAGUGGUGAUAUUGGAAAGUUUGAAGCUUUAGCACCGCAUUUUAGCAAACAGCCAUUGCUUCAGCAGAAUCAUGCAGCCCUUGGCCGAAAGAUUCGAUUAAUGUCCCUGAUCGAGGCAGUUUUCCGCCGUGCUGCUGAUAAUCGAUCGAUUCCAUUUUCAGAUAUUGCUGCAGAAACGAGAUUGCCUUCCGACGAGGUGGAGCAUCUGGUUAUGAAGGCUUUGUCAUUAAAUUUGAUCAAGGGUUCUAUUGAUCAAGUGGAUGAGCUUGUGAUCGUGACUUGGGUACAACCACGCGUUUUGGACAAAGAACAAAUUGACGGCAUGCGACGAAGACUCGAGGACUGGAAUGAUCAAGUCAAGAAGAUCAGCGCAUUCGUUGGAAAGCAAGGGGGUGAAGUAUUUGCCCAGUAAAAGCCAAAAAAAAAGAACGGAGGGAUA